UUCAAUAUCAAGUCCACGAGGCUGCGCCUUUGGACGAUAAGCCCUCACCGUGGUGAUGCAUCAUUACUGGAUAGCAUCAGCCUGAUUGAAUUCGCCAAAACCAAAAUCCUCGAGCAAUCGUCCCUCUGCAGUUACUUGAGUCUCUUCCAUUGGCGAAGCUCAUGCGCGGCACGCUAUCUGCCCUCGAGCUUGUAUACCUAUAUCGGUUUAUAAAACCUUCCAGCAUGAAGGCCUGAGACGCACACAAGGACAAAACCAUAUAAAAAGACACACCAUGACCUUCACAAACGCUCCAGUGACGAGACUGACCGUCUUGGGCCUGGUCUCUAUCUCGAUAGCCGCCAGUCUCUUCGAUGCGAAACAAUACUUCUAUAUCCUCAUAGACACCCAUCUUUUUCGGUAUCGGCAAUUUUGGCGGCUUCUUUCAUACCAGCUAUGCUAUAUGAAUUCAACAGAAGUAUUAUUCGCAGCCAUAUCGCUGUACAAUCUCAGGGUUGUUGAGCGGAUGUGGGGAUCGAGAAAAUAUGCAUCAUUCAUCGUCCUUUCAUCCUUGUUCACGGCUAUAUUUCCGCCGCUCAUCCUAACUAUCCUUCGACCCAUAGCACCGAGUCUGUUCAACUACAUGCCGGCCGGCCCGACGGCAAUCAUCUUUGCCGUCUUAGCCCAAUUUCACUCCAUAGUUCCUCAGAUGUACAAGUACCGGAUUGCAUUCUCCCAAGUGCCACCAACAAAUGAGCGAUUUUCCGGCAUAACCUUAUCAGACAAAUCUUACCAGUACUAUAUCGCCUUUCAUCUAGCCCUGUUGCAGUGGCCAGGCUCUGUUCUUGGAGCUAUGGCUGGCUGGGUUUUAGGGUAUUCUUGGAGAGUGGGGUUUCUGCCCACGUCCUUUACAUCAUGGAGGCUCCCGGGGUGGAUUGUAGGUUCAGGCUCCUACAGGAGAAGUGCAGAGUUUGAAGGGCUGCGGCGAAGGUUAGAGGGGGAGAAUCCGGCAACAGGAGUGUCAACCGGCGUUCAAAGCCAAAACGAAGGCCAGACCGAUCGACGGCGUACUAUGGGUCAGCAAAUCAUGGACCAAUUCCGAGAAGCAUUAUAGAAAACUAGCAUAGCAAUAAGUCGUACAUAUUUCAAGACAAUAACGAGAAUAAGCAAUAUCAGCAGAUGGCCAUUGCGGA